AUGGCUUCUGCAAGCGUAAGAUAUACUCUGGGUGACCUCAACAAAGAUUCAUUCGUAAACCUUUUGUCAAAGCUGAUCGGAGAGUCCAAAUACGUUCAAAAUAAUCCGCCGGAGCUUAUUCCGGAGGAGGACAGGAUCGUGAGGCACGUGCUGGACGCGCUCCUCCCCUACAGCACCAUCACCGGCGGCGGCCCACUUGUCAUUAACCAUGUUACCUACAAGCCCAAUAGAGGGAAUCUCAUUGUAGAGUACCCUGGAUCUCAGCCGGGAAAAAUCUUGUCAUUUGUUGGCAUGCAUAUGGAUGUUGUAACUGCCAACCCUUCUGAUUGGGAUUUUGAUCCUUUUACGAUGAGCAUUGAUGGAGACAAACUUCGAGGUCGUGGAACCACGGAUUGUUUAGGGCAUGUUGCUCUUGUAGCUGAACUAAUGAAGAAGUUGGGGGAGACGAAGCCACAACUGAAGUCUACCGUGGUUGCUGUCUUUAUUGCCAGUGAAGAGAACUCGUCUAUCCCUGGAGUUGGCGUUGAUAAAUUAGCAAAGGAUGGAUUGCUUGAUAAGUUAAAGCAUGGCCCUCUAUUUUGGAUUGACACAGCAGAUAAACAACCAUGCAUUGGUACCGGUGGUAUGAUACCAUGGAAACUUCAUGUUUCUGGGAAGCUUUUCCACAGCGGUCUAGCCCACAAGGCCAUUAACUCCUUGGAGCUAGCUAUGGAAGCUCUUAAAGAGAUCCAAUUACGGUUCUACAGAGACUUCCCUCCCCAUUCAAGAGAAAAAGUUUAUGGGUUUGCAACACCGUCGACCAUGAAACCCACACAGUGGAGUUAUCCUGGGGGUGGAAUCAAUCAAAUUCCAGCUGAAUGUACAGUUUCAGGGGAUGUUAGGUUAACUCCAUUUUACAGUGUAACAGAUGUGAUGACUAAGCUUCAAAACUACGUUGACGACAUGAAUGCCAACAUAGAAAAGCUUGAUACACGAGGCCCUGUUUCAAAGUAUUUCCUACCAGAUGAGAACCUCAGGGGAAGAAUUACUAUUAGUUUUGACGAGGCAAUGUCUGGAGUUGCUUGUAAUCUUGAUUCAUGCGGAUUCCAUGUAUUAUGCAAAGCUACUGAAGAGGUAGUUGGGCAUGUAAAACCCUAUUCUAUCACUGGCAGCUUGCCACUCAUACGGGAACUGCAGGAGGAGGGUUUCGAUGUUCAAACUUCUGGCUAUGGGUUAAUGGCGACUUACCACGCUAAGAAUGAGUAUUGCCUUCUAUCUGAUAUGUGCCAAGGCUAUGGGGUUUUUGCUAGUAUCAUUUCACAGUUAGAAGAUUGA